AUGCCGAGGCCAUCGAGGGCUCUCCUCAUGGCAGCCCUGGCCUCCCUCGCCACCCUCCACGGGCUCGCCGGCGUCGGCGCGACCGUGGAAGAGACGUGCUCGGCGGCGGCCAGCCGCGACCGGCGCGUGGACUACGGCUUCUGCGUGUCGGAGCUCAGCAAGCACCGCGACAGCCCCAGCGCGGACGCCUGCGGCCUGGCCAAGGUGGCGGCGAACGUCGGCGUCAACAACGCCGGCGCCGCGGUCAACGACUUGGAGGCGCUGCUCACCGCCGCCGCCGUGCAGCAGCCGCCGCCGGACGCGAGGGUGACCGCCGCGCUUCGGCUGUGCGAGAAGCUGUACUACGACAUGGAGCUCGCGUUCGCGGGGGCCUACGACGAGACCAACGCGCACAACUACACGGCGGGGAGGCAGAUGGCCGCCGACGCGGACUCGCUGGUGCGCCGGUGCACCGGCGGCUUCGCCGAGGCAGGGCUGCCGCCGCCGGAGCCGGUGGCGCGGCGCAGCGCAUACGCCGUGCAGAUCGCCAUCGUGUGCACGGCCAUCACCAACCUCCUCAUCAGCCCAUGA